AGUAAAGAAAUAUGAAAAUUAUAUAAAUUACAUGAACAAUUUGAAGUCAACCAUGCGCAGCACGAUUUCCUGCAUAUGUUGUGUUGCUGAGAACCUGUAAUAAGUUCCUACGGAGUCCUCAUCGCACACGGUAAAUAAGUAGAAUAUUAUUAAUAAUACUUCUGGCUCAACUUUUAUUGGGGAAUAUAACUCGAUGUUUGCUGCGGACGCGGCGUCCACUCAGCGGCCGGCGACAGCGCUGGCCGUGUGUCACCAGCACGAGUUACGGCCCCGUCCUUACGUGGUUGGCUAUUCAGGCUACAUCCCAGGGCUGAUGUUCCAGUACGGCAGGACCUUCGCCAAGGCCGCUGAGGACUGCGUCGUGACCUUCCUGAAGCAGCAGGAGGAGCGCCUUACAACCCGACAUGUCGAGGCGGAGCGCCGAUGCAAGUCACUGCCCCGCAUGCGUUCUGUACGCAACGAAGAGGUCGAGAAAACACGCCACACUUUCACUUACGCGCUCGGUGAGCCGAUUUAUGAGGAAGACUACCCACCUCUUCCCGGCUACACUGGGCACAUACCCAAAGUGUCCAGAACGUCCGUGAUUGGUCGGUCCGUGGCGUCUGCCACGCGGCGAGUCAGAGAAAAGUCCACCAUGGAACAAAAAGUCAAGGAGAUUAACCAAGAUAAAUCAGUGGAGAGAUACCAGGAACAGACUGCGUCGUCUAGAGCAAAACAAGUCCAUCUCACCAAAACUCACCACGAGUCCGUGACCACAGUCAGAAGUGCGACGUCGAACGUAAAUAAAGUGUCCAACCAGACAGUUCAGAAUGAGGUAGAUGGCGACACAGCCGAUGAUCAAGCACUCGUUGCGGAUAGCGAUUAUCCCGAAUCCGAAAAGAAAGAAAUUAAAAUUGAAAAUGAUGGUGCAAAUGCACAAAACAUUGAAGAUAGUAUCAGUUCUAAUCGGGAGGAGAGGGCUUCCAAAAUUUUUCGACAGGAGAUUGUCAAAAAGGACGAGCAAGGCACGAGUAUUUCAAGGAUUAUUCGCCAAGAAAUUAUCAGAGACAGUGAUCCAGGCUCUAUUGCGGAGCAGCAGGUGUUAGCAGGACAAAUCAAGUGCAUUGAUUGCAACUUUAAUUCUGAUAGCGCCCAACAUACAGAAACAGGAUCUUGGGCCGUUGAAAGCUCCGAGACUGCAAGGACUAGAAACUUGUCUACUGAAUCUUUUAUAAGAACUACGUCUGCAAGAUCAUCGUUCCAUCAGUCGAUGAUUAUGCGUACGACUCGUCAUGAAAGCCACUCUGCCGGGAAGCAUAAGGAGGUUCAUAAAAGUCUUUCGCCUUCUAAAGAUAAUAAAUCGCAAUCUCCUAAGAAGUCUGAACCAAAAGCAGCUGUUCAAUUUUCUCCAAAGAAAUCUGACUCUCGACCGGCGGCUCAAACAUCGCCAAAUAAGUCUGAUAACAAGACAUCUCCUCUGAAAAUGCGGAGUCAAACGAAGCCUAAAACUCAGCCUUCACCUCCUAGAAAAUCUGUUGCUGUCAAGUCAAAAACAUUGCAGGCAUCACAAGAAAGAACUGAAUCAAAGAUUCAUACUUCUUCCACAACAACCAAGAGUGCACAACAGCAAAGCUCACAAAUUAAAUCUCAAGUUUCGUCGAAAAAAAUUCAAAAUUCGUCUCAAAAUAUUUCUGAUCUCAAGACUCAAAACACAAAUAAAGCUAAAAAUACACCAGAAAAAACAUCUGCAUUGCAAAAGAACACCGAAACAUCUACGAGCAGAAAAUCAUCUCAACAAAUCCAUGAAACUAAGACGCAAGUUUCAUCCACAGCUCAGAAUAUAUCUCAACAGAUCACUAAAGGAUUGCCCAAGGAAACAAAAAGCUCGCAAGGAGCAAUGAAGGAAGAGCUUGUCAAGAAAGAUGCAUUGAAACCUGAAUCAGUUGAAAGCCAAGCUCAAGCCGUGAGUUCAUCCGAACCCAAAGCUGAGCGCACGGAGACCAAACAAAAGGACCUGAAGGAAAGCUUCGACGCAAAAAUAGUGCACAAAAGUUCCGUAGUAGAAAAGGCACUGAAUGAACCUGCCAAUUAAGGACGACAAGGCCACGUGGUAUAACGUUAUCCCAUUAUCAGUAACACGCAAAACGCAACUAUGCUUUGGUUGCGAAUUUAGGAAAAUAAAAUAUUUAAGUUUCACUUUUGAAUUCACAAUUCUAGAUGUGCAAUUACUGCACUUGUAUUUCCUCAUAAAGUU